GAAAAAUGACAUCUAUUUGAAAACUGUCAUUUUUUGGCACUGAUUCGGAAUUUUAAGUGGUUAAUGUGCCUUUUCAUUUAAAAGAACAUUUAUGUGAUGAAUUAGUGGAGUAAUUUGUAGUUUUCUCGAAAUGCAUCCUGAAAAGAAAGCAUGAAUCAUGAAUUAAAUGAUUUUAAAUGAGGUUUUGAGGUUAUGUCAACUGAGACAUAUGUCCUGACCUGAAACCAAAAAGAGCCUGAAUUUCUAUAAAUAUCACAAUAGCAUGGAUUUCAUAAGCUUUUAAUCGUGUACCAAAACUUAUUGAAGUAAAAUGGCACUACUUGGGGCUCAGCUAGUGAUAACCCUUAUCAUGAUCAGCGUUAUCCAGAAACUAGGUUCCCAUUUCUCUAUAGCUAGGUGGCUACUAUGCUCUACUGGUCUCGUUCGCUACUUGUACCCUACAGACAGUGAGCUGAGACAGCUAGCAAACAUACCCAAAGAGAAAGCUAAACCAAAGAGAAACGGCCGGACUCCAACGAAUGGUAAGAGCCCUGUGGACACUUUCCAUGUACCUAGGUCUCUGGAUAUCAAGCUGGAUUCCAUCAAAAUCACCUCUAUGGAUGUUAUUCACUUGCGUUAUUACAAUGAGUAUCAGUGGCUUGUAGACUUCUCUCUAUAUGCAGCAACAGUUUUCCUGACCACUGAGAUUUAUCAUUCAUUUUUUCCAUUGAAAGAUGAAGUGAAUUUGAGUAUGAUAUGGUGCUCUCUUGUUGUGCUGUUUGCUAUGAAACUGCUUCUGAGCCUCACUGUACAGUAUUUCAAGGGUGAAGAAUCUGUUGGAGAAAGAUCUACUUGUAUUGUGAUGGGGUUUAUUUAUCUUUUGAUAGCCAUGAUGGUGAUGAUAGUGGAUGAGAAUAUUCUAGAAGUGGGGUUGGAUAGUGCUUAUAACAGCUUCAAUGAAACAGCCUCAACUUUUCUAGAUAAUCAAGGGUUGUCAUCCACUGGGCCAGCAUCAAAAAUUGUUAUAAAAUUUUUCAUAGCAGUGUGGUGUGGAGUUUUAGGGUCUUUCUUCACUUUCCCAGGGCUCAGGAUUGCAAAAACUCAUUGGGAUUUACUCAGAUAUUUCAGAGAGGAUAAAUUGAAACAGGUUUUACUCAAUGUAACAUUUGCAUUGCCAUUUAUUUUAGUAAUCCUAUGGAUUAAACCUAUUACUAGAGAUUACUUGACUGUUAGGAUAUUUUCAGGGAGAUCUGAACCUCUAUUAUCAGAGGAUACUUUUGAAUCCCUUCGUCUGGUUGCUAUUAUUUCAACUAUGUGUUUGAAAAUAAUUUUGAUGCCUUGGUAUCUACAAGCCUAUCUGGAUAUGGCUUAUUAUCGCCUUGAAAAUCAAAAAAAGGAAGCUGGAAGGAUAACAAAUAUUGACUUGCAGAAACAGAUAGCCUCGGUUUUCUAUUAUCUCAGUGUAGUGACCCUUCAAUAUAUAGCACCAAUCAUCAUAUGCAUUUUUAUGACAUUCAUGUUCAAAAGUCUAGGUGAAUAUUCCUGGACUGGAUUUUUCAAAGAUUCAGCUGGUCUGGAUGAAUGUCCUUUGACUGCAGAAACUGAUGAACUUUCUUUGGAACCCUUCUCACAAUCUGAGGAGGAGAAAACCGUUUCACAAUCUGCUGCAGAUAUUCAGUUUACUCUGGAGAGUAUAAAAAUGAUUUUUACAAAAACUGUGUUCCGAGGGCUGUUUGGAUUUUCGACGUGGUGGUGUUGUUUUUUGUAUUUUGCAACGACGGCAGUUGGUCUCGUUUAUCAAUCAUAUUUUUCUUCAAUAUAAUUGAGAGUGUACAAAUGUAAAGUUGUAAAGUAAAUUAUACCUGACUGUUCAAACCU